UUUAUUGUUACCAUGAACAUAGCUUAAUAUUUGGAAUUUUUAAAAUUCUUAUUUCAUAAAUUAUUAAUGGUCGUUUUCAAAUUACCUUAGUACGGAAAAAAUACUACAGUUCACAACAAAUAAGUGCGCCCGAGUAAGGCUCAAAAUUUGUAAACAUUGCGGCUUGUAAAUUGGUAUGACAUACCAAACUUUACUUGUCUUAUGCUUUCAACAGUUGUGAUAUCUUAUCAGUGAGUUUGCCGGUUUAAAAGUGAAUACGUGUUUUUGUAUUUAAUAAAUAAAAAAAUGUCCGGGGAAUCUUCUGCUUCCACUGCGAAUGAAAAAGUUGCUCUAAUCACAGGAAUAACUGGACAGGAUGGAUCCUAUUUAGCGGAGUUUUUAAUUGAAAAGGGUUAUGAAGUACAUGGAAUUUUAAGGCGCUCUUCAUCAUUCAAUACUGGCCGAAUUCAACAUUUAUAUGAAAAACCGGCUUGCUUUUCUGGUGGGCGUAUGCACUUACAUUAUGGAGAUCUAACAGACACCACCUGCCUUAUUAGUAUUAUUUCAAAGGUCAAACCAAAAGAGAUAUACAAUCUUGGAGCUCAAUCCCACGUGAAGGUUUCCUUUGAGCUCAGUGAAUACACAGCUCAAGUGGACGCGUUAGGAACCCUGAGGUUGUUAGAAGCAGUGAGGGUGGCUGGCCUAGAAAAACAGACCAAAAUAUACCAAGCAUCUACCUCAGAGCUCUAUGGUAAAGUAGUGGAAAUACCACAGACUGAAAAGACGCCGUUCUAUCCCCGAUCGCCCUACGCUUGUGCGAAAUUGUAUGGCUAUUGGAUUGUCGUAAACUACCGCGAGGCUUACGGUAUGUUCGCGUGUAACGGACUAUUGUUCAAUCAUGAGAGCCCGCGUAGAGGGGAGAAUUUUGUGACGAGGAAGAUCACAAGGGCAGUGGCUAAGAUACAGCUGGGUUUGCUGGAAUGUCUGGAGCUGGGGAAUUUGGAUAGUAAGAGAGAUUGGGGCCACGCCAAGGACUAUGUCGAGGCAAUGUGGCUGAUGCUGCAGCAAGAGCAGCCAGAGGACUUCGUAGUGGCAAUGGGGGAGGCGCAUAGUGUUAGGGAGUUUGUCGAGAAGGCUUUCGCGCAUGCGGGGAGGACUAUCGAGUGGAGGGGAAGUGGGGUAGAGGAGACGGGGCACGAUAAGGCCUCGGGACAACUGCUAGUGCGGGUCAACCCUAAGUAUUUUCGACCUACUGAAGUGGACCUAUUGCUAGGUGACGCAAGUAAAGCCAAGCAAAAGCUUGGCUGGUCUCCACGGAUGACGUUCGAUGAGCUCGUCGUCGACAUGAUGGAUGCUGACAUGGAACUCAUGAGGAAGAAUCCACAGGCGUAGGAAGGAAAUAGACUGUUUAUUUUGGUAAACUUGUGCAAUUUUCUUUAUAUUUUCGUUGAAUAUUACAUGUUUUAGUAAAAUCUUAACAACGCACUUAGACGCGAAUUUAUUCUGCAAUCAUUAUUGUAAUAAUCCAACGACAAUGGCAAUAAUUUAAUAUAAAAUAAUUGUGUUUUAAGUUUUUUUGGCAGUCUGUGGUUGACGUUUAUAUCUGCUGGAUUCUGUUAAAUUUUUGGUUGAAUUCAAUAUUUGCAAGAUAACUUUUGUUAAUUUUAUAUUUAAAGAACUUUAAGAUGCAAAUGGGGUUAGACGGCCGUAAAACGUAAUCGUAAAUUCUAAUAGCGUCUCUAUUUUGUAAUGCACAUUUUGUUUUGCAGUCGUAAUAUAUAUAAGAUUUAAAAAGUUAAUACUUUUUUGUUAAUUGAAUAAAAGGCACCAAAAAGCUAUUAUAGUUCCAGUCUCAAGCAGCCGCAUAAUGCUAUCUGUGUAUGGAUUAAUAAAUAAUAGUCUGCACAAACGCCAGCUUCUGUGGCCAUAUCAUAGACAAUAGAAUGAAACCAUAAUCAUGAAUUUUUUCAGUUCCUUAGUAGAGUUUAAUUUUGACAGUUGAUAGGUGUUCAUGUCAGUUUAUUUUUUUUAAAUGUAAGAAUAUUAUGCUCUUGUGUCAACGUAAAUAGAGUAAAACACCUCUCCACAGGAGUUAGACGAAUGUCAAAUUCAUAUUGCUUUAUAUCGAAUAGAUUCUAAAUCUUGAUUUAUGUAUCACUCCCGCAUUUCAUAAACGUGUUGACACACCGGAGUAAUAGUUAAGUCUUGAAAAAUUGGUUUUUUUUUUAUAACAAGUCAUAUAUACAUUCCAAUAAAGAUGGUUCUUUUCAUGCAUUUUUUUUAUAUGAUUUUUAACAUACCAGCCCUUAUAAGAUUUACAGUUUAAGACUGGUUUAGACGGAUUGUGUAUCGACAUUAACGGGUUUAACUGUAUUCGUUUCGGGAUCUUUCUUUUAAAUAAAGUUAUAUUUUUAGAGGUAAGUGUUAUAUUUGUUCCUGUAUGUAUUAGUGUUACUGUGUAAAAAAUGCUAAUAAAGUAUAUUUAAAAUAAUAUAAUAAUUAAGUUAUACAACGUUUGUACUCCAUCUAGGUAUGGUCGUAUACAAUAUGACUUAUUUGUAAAGCGAAUUUAAUUUAAAUAAAUUUUGUGAACGUGU